CUUCGCGGAGGCCGCUGCUGUCCCGUCCCGACUCGACCCGUCCCGGCUCGGCUCGGCCGGGCGGUGCGUGCGUGGGGGCCGCGGCGGACAGCGGGGCUGCAGCUGGGGAGGAGCGCGGGGCUGCGGCGGGAGGAGGCGGAGGCGCUCCCUCUCCGGCGGGACAAAGGGCUGUGGGCGCGCAGCCGCGGCCCAGCGCCCGCCCCGGGAGCUCUCCCUCAGCUAGCGCUUUCCGACGCAGGAGCCAUGGUCCAGGUGCAGCGCUAGGAGCAUCCGCGGCUGGAGGGACGAGGAAGAAAGCGACCGCGGCUCCCCUUUCCCCGGCGGGGGUUUCGCGGGGUAGGAGAUGGAGCCGGCGGCCCGGCCGCGCGGGGAUAUCCAGAGGCGGAACCCGCAGCAGGACUACGAGCUGAUCCAGCGGGUGGGGAGCGGCACCUACGGCGAUGUCUACAAGGCUAGAAAUCUUCAUACAGGAGAACUGGCUGCUGUAAAAAUAAUCAAGUUAGAGCCUGGAGAUGACUUUUCAUUGAUACAGCAAGAAAUAUAUAUGGUUAAAGAAUGCAAACAUUGCAACAUAGUGGCCUAUUUUGGGAGCUAUCUCAGCCGUGAGAAGCUGUGGAUAUGCAUGGAAUACUGCGGUGGGGGAUCCCUCCAAGAUAUUUACCAUGUGACAGGACCUCUGUCAGAGUUACAAAUUGCAUAUGUAUGCAGAGAAACUUUACAGGGGCUUGCUUAUUUGCAUAUGAAGGGCAAAAUGCAUAGGGAUAUAAAGGGUGCAAAUAUUCUACUAACAGACCAUGGAGAUGUCAAAUUGGCUGACUUCGGUGUAGCAGCAAAAAUAACAGCCACCAUUGCAAAGAGGAAAUCAUUUAUUGGUACCCCUUACUGGAUGGCCCCAGAGGUUGCAGCGGUGGAGAAGAACGGUGGAUACAACCAGCUCUGCGACAUCUGGGCAGUUGGCAUAACGGCAAUUGAACUUGCAGAGCUUCAGCCACCUAUGUUUGAUCUUCACCCCAUGAGAGCUCUGUUUUUAAUGUCAAAAAGUAAUUUUCAACCACCAAAACUAAAGGAAAAAGCAAAAUGGUCAUCAACAUUCCAUAAUUUUGUCAAAAUAGCACUUACAAAAAAUCCAAAGAAGAGACCGACAGCAGACAGACUCCUUGCUCAUAGCUUUGUAGGGCAGCCUGGUCUUUCAAGAUCUUUAGCAGUUGAGCUGUUGGACAAAGUUAAUAAUCCUGACAACCAUACACACUACAGUGAAGUCGAUGAUGACGAUUUUGAGCCUCACUCUGUUAUCCGCCAUACGAUUCGUUCUACAAACAGGAACAUUAGGGCAGAAAGAACGGCCUCAGAGAUAAACUUUGAUAAGCUGCAGUUUGAGCCCCCUCUGCGGAAAGAAACAGAAGCUCGGGAUGAAAUGGUUGUGGCAGCUGGCACUGACUUUGCUUCGCAUUGGAAUCCUUUUGUUGAUGGUGGAAGCAGCAAGGGACUGCUUACAAAAUUUGGAGAUGGGAGUGAAGAUGUUGAAGAAUCAACACUAAAGCGAGCAGGGCCACCUCCACUACCUCCUAAGCCGAGAAUGAACAGUUAUCCUGAGGAAAACCUCCCAGAUGAUGAGAAAUGUCAGACAAUAAAACACUUCCCAGACUCACAGAACAGAGCCCCACCAGCUCACAGGAGACAAAGUAUCCCUGUUUGUGGGCCUCAGGCUGAUUCUUCCCUCCUUGGUAUGACUAGCAGCAUCAGCAGCCCUGGAUUGCUCACAGCGAGAUACAGUGACUUAGGAAAUACGGAUGGCAUGCUGAAACUCAUCGAGGAAAAUGCAGAAGGGUCUGGACAAAUCCCUCAGCUGCCACGGAAAAAAGAGAAAAGAGAUUUUCCUAAGCCAGCAAUCAAUGGUUUGCCACCAACGCCGAAGGUGCUGAUGGGAGCGUGUUUUUCCAAAGUCUUUGAUGGAUGUCCUUUGAAGAUUAAUUGUGCAACAUCAUGGAUACAUCCAGAUACUAAAGAUCAGUACAUUAUCUUUGGCACAGAAGAAGGUAUCUAUACUUUGAAUUUGAAUGAACUUCACGAAGCAACAAUGGAACAGUUAUUUCCCCGAAAGUGCACCUGGCUGUAUGUUAUCAAUAACACCCUAAUGUCCUUGUCAGGGAAAACAUUCCAGCUGUACUCUCAUAAUUUAAUAGCUUUGUUUGAACAAGCAAAAAAAACAGGAUUAGCUGCUCAUAUUCAAACCCAUAGGUUUCCUGACAAAAUCUUACCAAGGAAGUUUGCCUUAACAACAAAGAUCCCUGAUACAAAAGGAUGCCACAAAUGCUGUAUAGUACGAAAUCCAUACACAGGACACAAAUACCUGUGUGGUGCAUUGCAGUCUGGAAUUGUUCUACUACAGUGGUAUGAGCCAAUGCAGAAAUUCAUGUUGAUAAAGCACUUUGAUUUUCCUUUGCCGAGCCCUUUGAAUGUGUUUGAGAUGCUGGUGAUACCAGAGCAGGAGUACCCCAUGGUCUGCGUAGCUAUCAGUAAGGGAUCUGAACCAAACCAGGUGGUUCACUUUGAGACAAUCAACUUGAACUCUGCUUCUUCAUGGUUUACAGAAAUUGGUGCAGGCAAUCAGCAGUUAGAUGCCAUUCAUGUGACACAGCUGGAAAGAGACACUGUUCUCGUCUGCCUGGACAAAUUUGUGAAAAUUGUGAAUUUACAAGGGAAACUGAAGUCAAGCAAGAAAUUGGCCUCCGAGCUGAGCUUUGAUUUCUGCAUUGAGUCAGUGGUGUGCCUUCAAGACAGUGUGCUGGCCUUCUGGAAACAUGGCAUGCAGGGCAAAAGCUUUAAGUCAGAUGAAGUCACCCAAGAGAUAUCAGAUGAAACCAGGGUUUUCCGCUUGCUGGGCUCAGACAGAGUGGUAGUGUUAGAAAGCAGGCCAACCGAGAAUCCAACUGCACACAGCAAUCUCUACAUCUUGGCUGGACAUGAAAAUAGUUACUAAGCAACAGUGACCCAACGCAAAUAAACAGCCUGAACUUGCCACACCAGGAAAAAAGAAGCAUUAGGAAAACUCAGCAGGAGCGGGACUGUGACUUGUGUUUCUUUUCUCGACGCCUAAAUGAUGUUGGUUUAGGGUGGAAAUCAGUACAUUUUUGCAGCUGGGAACAGCUGAUCUGUCUCUUGCCACUGUGUGGUUGGUUAUAUCAAGUUUGCUUAAUAAAAGCUGAGAUAAAUAGACCUUUACUCAUGAGUUAUAGGGAAACACAGCCUUUAAGAAAACGUUAUGCAGUAAAGGUGCCAUAAACUGUUAAAUAUUUUACUUCCCUUGGUUUUCCCUUGUAUUCUGUAGAUACAGGUCUAGUGCUGGCUGUUUCCCUGUUUUAUACUGAGUCUUAUUCUUAAGAAAAAAGGUGUGUGUAGGAAGUGAAAGUACCUGCAAAGCUUUUUGGUUUUAAAUCAGCCAUUCAGUAUGGCUUUGUAUAAUAGACUAUUUAAUCCUUAUUUAUUAAUCUGCUGCUAGAAUGGUGUAAUGUAUCUAACUUUAGCAAAGAAAGGUUGCAGAGCAGCUUACAAGUUUUGGUUUUUUUACAACUGUAUAAAGGUUUGGUUAUUCUUUUUCUGUUGUAGGGCUGUAGUGCAUUACUGAGGGGUAUGUCACAACGUUGGUCCACCUUGUAAAAAUGCAAUUUUGUACAACAAAGUAUUUUGUAUUGAUUUUCUGCCUGCAGAAUUGCCAUUAAAAAAAAAAAAGGGAUUUUGUUAUUUACUAGACGUAGGGUGUGUGUACACAAGGUAGGAUAUUGGUAUCAGACAUGUUGCUACCGGGUGGGUGUGUACAAUAUACGUGUGUGUGUGUGUGCAUGUGUGUUCAGUUGACCAGCAGUGUGUAUUUUUUAUAUAUAUAUAUUUAUAUAUAUAUAUAAAUGUACAAAAAUAGCUAUGCUUUAUUUUCAUAAAUGAGGGGUAAGCCUCGUGACGUGACGUGGCGACCGUACCCAGCCCUCGUCCAUAACGAAUGGAAGCACCACGUACCGAGCUCCCGUGACGUGUAGUUUAUUUGUACUACGCCAGAGGGGAGCCUCUAGCGAGGCCUGAGCUCACCAGCUCCCUUGUUGUACAGCCUUCCAGCUGCUGUCAGGCAGACGCUCGCUUGGGAGUGAAUGGUUGUUUCCCCAGCUGUGCAGUAUGAAUAAAUAUGAUAAGAACCAGUGUUCUAUACUCGAGCUUUCAAUCCCUUUGUCCCUUUCCCUGUUUUUUUUUACCUGCGUUUUUCUCUCUCUCACUGUCUUUCUCCUUUAAAGAGUCACAUCAGUUCCUUUUGUCUUCCUCAUUAAUUACAAUUCUUGAGGUACCAUUAAAUAUAAAUGUAGACUGACUACAGGAGAGCAUCUGGUUUUACUACCUCACGUUAACCUGCUAGCUUUGAUGUAAGUAAACACAGUCCAUAGGCAGAGACAGUAGCGGUUCAUGAACACUGCAGUUGAGGGGGGAUUAGAUUAAAUCCCGCAGCGUGCUGCUGCCCGUUCCUUCUCUGUGCUCUGCUCUCCUAGCAAAGACAGACAAGAGGCUUCACACAUCAUUCUUCUAAAGUAGUCAAGGUAAGUGUGUUGUAGUGGCUUAGCCUGUCUGAGGGCUCCGCUGCCAGAGCAGAGCCAGAGCGGUUUGAUCUUUAACUCACGACCUGAGGAAUGGGGCACCGGGUUGUCUGCUUGGGCACCAGCCUAUGUGAUCCAUAAUUUAACAUCCACGGAAUGAACUCGGCACACGUGAUCACUCAGUAAUGCCUUUGUGUUCCUCGGUCCAGCUGGAGUUCUGUGUUGUUCUGAAGGUCUGGAAGGCAAAAACAGACCUGCGUGCAAUUUAGCAUUUUAUCCACUUAGCAUUGUCAUUCAAAACUAAUUCUUGUUAUUGACUUGAUAUUUAAAUCAAGUCAAGCUUUUCAGUUCUGAAACUGUGUCAAGGUUUAGAAAAUAGUAACUGUACAGGUAAAACUUUAAAAUCAGUCCACAAACAAAAGCAUCAGAGUGUUUUAAGCGGUCAGCUGUCAUUGGAUCCGCAGUACUAAAAGCAGGACGUGUUUUAAAGAAACUGAGUUAGUACUGAAUUUACUUCUCUGUAGGUGUCAGUGAUUGGUGAUUAACCCUCAAAAGAUGUAACUUCUAGUCUACAAAGUCUUUAAGGUGAAGCACCAGGUGUAGAUGUUGUAGAGCAAAUGCUUUCACUCCACUUACCUCAUUCACUGCAGACCUAAUCCUUGGCAUCGUCUUUUGAAAACACUUAAAGUAAGAUCUCUAAAGGACUAGAGCAAUCUGUAAAUAAAAUCUGGAUAUUUAUGGGGAGUAACUGGAGUAAACAACUUAGGUCAUGACACUGUCAUGCAAAAGUAAUGAACUGAAAGUAUUUUCCUUUGAAUGACAUGAAUGACUGGUGAUUUGCUGAAUCGUAAAAAACGGAAUCUAGGAGGGUCCUCAUUGAAUCAAGCCUCCUGUUGUAGCUCUUCAAGCGUUUCUAAUGGCAUAUUCCAAAAUGCUUUGGCUGGUCUGGUUUUAUAGGCAGUGGCAUGUUUGGCAUGAUCUGUUUCCUGGUGUUGCAGCCUCACUCGUUCCUCUCAGCAGAGUACAGCACAGCAGAUCUGCACGUUGGGUGGCUGAACCGGCCGCUCUCGCUGUCUCUGACUAGUACCAUUUGUAGACUCUUUAGGUUAUUCUGGGAUCUUUGUAUGGUUUUGUGACAUUUCAGCUGGGGUUGAGAAAGCCUAGUGUGUGGUUUUGGAGUUUAUAAAGCAAAACCUCGCUCAUUCCCUCAGUACUCUUUUGACAGCUGUCCAGAUACUAGUUAUCUGAUGCAAAACGUUCACACAUUCAGCUUGAAAGCCGUAAAACAGGCUUUUUGAAGUACAAAGAGUAUUUAAGAGCAGCCUGUUGAUUAGUCUCUGGAUUUCCUGACGAAACUCAUUGCAGCUGAAAAAUACAACUGUAAUUGUGGUGACAUCUCUAAAGAUGAAAGGUACAGCACAUCAGUGAGCCACUCUGUCUCCGAAUGGAAAGGACAAGACUGGGAGACUUUCUGAAAUGUACUUUUUACCUUGUUUAGUCAUUAGAUUGUAACUGAGAAUCUAACUGCACUCCUUCCAGUUUGUGUAACUAGGCUUUGUUAGACCUAAAUGUCUGUUGCAAUUCAUUUCAGUCUAUGCCAAAUAAACUAUGCUUUAUUUGA